UAAGUUAAUAGAGGACAGCAGUGAACAGAAGAACAUUUUCAAUAGUAUUCAGAAAUAUAUAUGCAGUGUAUAUAAUGUUCGGAAUGCAAUUGAUGUCAAUUCUGCUCGAGUUCAGAUGUUUAUAGACUCAUACAAAGUUUCCGACAUUAAUGAGGCUUUCAAUCGAAAAAAAUUGAGAAACUUUGAUGCUAGCAGUUUACCACCUUGUGAAAAUGAGCUACUACAGCAUUUUUUACGAGCUAAUUAUAUUUGUACGAUUUGGAACAAUGCUCACUUAAGAAAACCUACUUCACAUAAACCUGAAAAUAAUGGCUGGGUACUGGAAAAUGAUCAAUACCAUUUUAAAUGGUUUGAAGGAGAUCAGCUACCUACUUAUGUCAGUGAUUCUCUACAAACUUUGUCAGAAGCUGAUGAAGACGAUGACAUUCAUGAGGACAAAUCCGCAGAAUGGAGUAGCGGCGAUGAAGAUAAUCGAGAUACCGACGAGGACGAUGAAGUUGAUUAA